CCUUUAUCUUUGAAGCGGCUCCCGACCUCUCUCUCUGGUUUUAGGGUUUCUUCUUAUUAUUCUUUCUGGUUACGUUGGUGUAUAGAGGGAAGAGCUAGCAAUGGUUCUCAAGACUGAGCUUUGCCGCUUUAGCGGUGCUAAGAUAUAUCCAGGCCGGGGCAUCCGAUUCAUUCGAUCUGACUCUCAGGUGUUUCUGUUUGCUAAUUCGAAAUGCAAGCGCUACUUCCACAACCGCCUGAAGCCAUCCAAGCUAACCUGGACAGCAAUGUACAGGAAGCAACACAAGAAGGAUAUCCAUGCUGAGGCAGUAAAGAAGAGGAGACGCACAACCAAGAAGCCUUAUUCAAGAUCGAUUGUUGGUGCCACUCUAGAGGUUAUUCAGAAGAGAAGAACCGAGAAAGCUGAAGUUCGUGAUGCCGCUAGGGAAGCAGCAUUGCGUGAGAUCAAGGAGAGGAUAAAGAAGACCAAGGAUGAGAAGAAGGCAAAGAAAGCUGAGACGUCAGCGAAGAGCCAGAAGACCCAGGUGAAGGGUAGCAUGGCCAAGGCUCCUGCGCCCAGGGGUCCUAAGCUUGGAGGUGGUGGCGGAAAGAGAUAAAGCUGCAACUUUUGGUGUUGCCGAUAUCUUUCAAUUUUUGUUUCAAUGUUUUUUCAAUUUUCAAUUUAUAAGAUACUUUGUCGAGGAUAUAUGAGCAGUUUUGGAUUUGGAGGUAUAAUGGCCAGAUUGUUUAUCAUUUUAUUUACUAGAAUUUUCUUCGAGGGAUUAGGCAUAACUUUUGUGGCAUUCAUGCUGUCUUUGUACCUUAACAUUGUUCUCACAUUGAUUUGUAUGGCUUGUGUUGGGAUCGUUGUUAA